AUGGCAGGUGGUGACAGAGCAGGACCAGUCAGGCUCCUUGCCCCACCCCAGGGUGGGGGGCAGGCCAGGGAUACUGAGAAUCCUUCUCCUGCAGAUGACGUGGGCUGCGUGGUGCCAGCCGAGUGCCUGCGGGCUUGCGGGGUCGAAAUCGGCUGCUCCAACAUCGCCUACCCCAAGCUGGUCAUGGAGCUGAUGCCCACAGGUCUGCGGGGGCUGAUGGUUGCUGUGAUGAUGGCUGCGCUCAUGUCCUCGCUGACCUCCAUCUUCAACAGCAGCAGCACCCUCUUCACCAUGGACAUCUGGAAGCGGCUGCGGCCCCGUGCAGGCGAGCGGGAGCUGCUACUGGUGGGACGGCUGGUCAUCGUGGUGCUCAUCGGCGUGAGUGUGGCUUGGAUCCCCGUCCUGCAGGGCUCCAACGGCGGGCAGCUCUUCAUCUACAUGCAGUCGGUGACCAGCUCCCUGGCCCCACCAGUGACCGCAGUCUUCGUCCUGGGCAUCUUCUGGCGGCGGGCCAAUGAGCAGGGAGCCUUCUGGGGCCUGAUGGCGGGGCUGGCGGUGGGUGCCACGAGGCUGGUGCUGGAGUUCUUGCACCCAGCCCCACUCUGCGGCCAGCCCGACACACGGCCCCCCAUCCUCCUUGGUGUCCACUACUUGCACUUCGCCGUGGCCCUCUUCCUGCUCAGCGGGGCUGUGGUGGUAGCUGGGAGCCUGCUGACGCCACACCCCCAGGGUGUCCAGAUCCAGAGCCUGACCUGGUGGACUCUGGCUCAGGACCUGCCCUCAGGAGUGAAAACAGGUGAUGGCCGAGCAUCCCAGAGACAUGCCUUCUGGGCUCGCGUCUGCGGUGUCAACGCCAUCCUCCUUAUGUGCGUCAACAUCUUCUUCUACACCUACUUCGCCUGA